AUGUCCGGCGUGCAACACGGUGACGGUACCUUCUUCGAUGUCGGUCUGGGUUCCUGCGGAAUCACCAGCAGCUCAACCGAAAUGGUUGCAGCCAUAUCCAAACAAGUAUACGAUGGCUACCCAGGAGCAACUGGUAACCCGAACAACAACCCCAUUUGCGGUAAAGAAGUAAAGGCAACGUACCAAGGUAAAUCAGUAACUGUGAAAAUUGUGGAUCGCUGCGAUGGGUGCACUGGACCUACGGAUCUCGACUUCUCGAGAGGUGCAUUCGACCAGCUUGCAGACGAGGGUGCAGGCCGUAUCCAAAUUGAGUGGCAGUGGGCGUAG